CCCAAAUAGCGAGUCUAAAGAUCAGUGGUUGACUCGCUGUCCUCUUAAACGCUUCCUCCAUUUUUCUUCUCCACAUCCUCAAAGUCUAGUGUUUUUCCCCUCAGCGAGCAACGAUGAAACUUCCUUCUUUGACCCGAACAAACCAUAUAAUCACUCUUCCAAUUCUCGCCAUUUCUACGUCGGCUCCACUCUAGAGAUCCCUCCCUCUGAGAAUCAGUACUUGAGGUUCGUGACUGGUUCACUGUCGAAGAUGGUGUUGAAUAACAGAUGUCUCACCACGCUUUCUACCAUCUUCAUUUGCUGGGUCUUGAGUACCAGUCUAUGUUAUUCUCUUCAGGGCGAUAUAGAUUGCCUUAAAUCCGUAAAAGAGACUCUGCAAGAUCCACUUAACUUCUUAAGUUCUUGGGAUUUUAAUAAUAGCACUGAAGGUUUCAUCUGUAAAUUUGUGGGGGUUGAAUGUUGGCAUCCGGAUGAGAGCAAGGUGCUAAAUAUUCGACUCUCGGACAUGGAGCUGAAGGGAAAAUUUCCAGUUGGCAUUGGCAAAUGCGAAGCGUUGACAGGAUUAGAUCUUUCGAGCAACAAGAUAUUUGGUGCUAUUCCACCCAACAUCUCAAAAAUCAUUUCUUUUGUAACGACCCUUGAUCUCUCCUCCAACCAAUUAACGGGAGAGAUCCCUGUCGGUCUUGCAAAUUUAACCUACCUAAACACGAUUAAACUUGAUAGCAACGAGCUAACGGGUCAAAUUCCUCCAGAAUUUGCUCUGCUUGGUCGACUCAAGGAGUUUAGUGUAGCAAACAAUCGUUUGUCCGGGCCUGUUCCAUUUUUCGGAAACGCUGUUAGUUCUACUUAUGAAAAUAAUUUAGCUCUCUGCGGAAAAUCUCUGUCCCCUUGCCAGGGUGCAUCAAAGAAAUCACGCGUGGGAAUCAUUGUUGCAGCUGCUAUUGGUGGGGUCACUGUUGCAGCUAUAGUUGUAGGUGUUGUCAUGGUAUUCUAUUUGCGUAAGGCAUCUAGGAAGAGGAAGGAAGGUGAUCCCGAUGGAAAUAAAUGGGCAAAGAGCAUUAAGGGCGCCAAGGCCAUCAAGCUUUCAAUGUUUGAGAAGUCGGUCUCGAAAAUGAGAUUAAGUGAUCUCAUGAAGGCUACUGACAACUUCCACAAGGGGAACAUCAUUGGGUCGGGAAGAACCGGGACCGUUUACAAGGCCGUGCUCGAGGAUGGUACUUCUCUUAUGGUUAAGAGAUUGCAAAACGCUCAGCACUCUGAGAAAGAAUUUAUGUCUGAGAUGGCGACUCUUGGAAACGUGAAGCACCGGAACUUGGUUCCUCUCUUAGGGUUUUGCGUGGCCAAGCAAGAAAAGAUAUUGGUCUACAAGUACAUGAAGAAUGGUACUUUGCAUGAAAAGUUACAUUUUGUGAACGAAGGGGACAAAACGCUCGAAUGGCAUCCGAGGCUCAAAAUUGCCGUUUGCUCAGCUCAAGGAUUUGCGUGGCUCCACCACAGCUGCAACCCCCGGAUUAUUCACCGCAACAUUAGUUCUAAGUGCAUCUUGUUGGAUUCAAAUUUCGAACCCAAGAUAUCCGAUUUUGGACUCGCUAGGCUCAUGAAUCCAAUCGACACUCACUUGAGUACAUUCGUGAACGGUGAAUUCGGGGACCUCGGUUACGUUGCCCCCGAGUACACACGGACUCUCGUCGCCACGCCUAAAGGCGAUGUCUACAGCUUCGGUGUAGUACUACUGGAGUUGGUCACGGGCGAAAGACCAACAUACGUGAGCAAAGCCCCCGAGAGCUUCAAGGGGAACUUAGUGGAAUGGAUUUCCAAUCUCUCCGGUGAAUCCAAGCUUCGCGAAUCAAUUGACAAAUCUCUCCUUGGAAACGGCUACGACAAUGAGGUCUUCCAAGUCCUUAAAGUUGCUUGUCGGUGUGUGUUGCCCGCUCCCAAGGAGCGGCCCACAAUGUUUGAAGUCUUCCAGCUUCUCCGAGCCAUUGGCGAGCAGUACAAUUUCACAACCGACGCUGACAUCAUGAUGCCCUCAGAGGGCGACGAAGGUAUUGAGCUAGAAGAGCUGAUUGUUGCCAGAGAUACGAUAGACGCUCACUGAACAGGUAUGAGCAAGGUAGAGCAUGGUAACGACGAAGCCAUGAUAGAUAUAUAUAAUUAUAUAUAUACGUUGAGUUCUCGAAUAAUUUCACACGUUUUGGAUGAAGUCUAGCAUUUCUUUUAUACAUAUAUUACCAUUCUAUUAGAAAGCUUUCCACUUUUUUCAGCUUAUCAGUUUUCUUUGUUCUUUUAAUGUCUGUACAGUCUAUUAGGUAGAAUGUGAGAAAUGAUGUUUAAGGCUAUUGAUUGGAACAAUGAUUUGUUCAAAGGUUGCUGUUAUUUAUAUCAACUUAUAGGAAGAGCUUUGAUCCCA